CGAUCCUUCUCGGCCAUCAUCUCCUCCCUGCCCUAUGGCUGCUAUCACGGACCUCUCCUUUAUGUACCGCUGGUUCAAGAACUGCAAUCUUGUCCGCAACCUCUCAGACAAGUAUGUCUUCAUCACAGGCUGUGACUCGGGCUUCGGGAACGUACUGGCCAGGCAGCUGGUUGAUAGGGGUAUGCGGGUGCUGGCUGCUUGCUUCACUGAGGAGGGGGCCCAGAAGCUUCAGCAAGAUACUUCCUACCGGCUGCAGACCAUCCUACUGGAUGUCACCAAGACUGAGAGCAUCCGAGCAGUGGCCCAGUGGGUGAGGAACCAAGUAGGCGAGCAAGGCCUCUGGGCCCUAGUGAACAAUGCUGGUGUGGGCGUGCCCAGCGGUCCCAAUGAAUGGCUGACCAAGGAAGACUUCGUGAAGGUGAUCAAUGUGAACCUGGUGGGACUGAUCGAAGUGACUCUCCAUAUGCUGCCCAUGGUCAAGAAAGCCCGCGGUAGGGUUGUCAACAUGUCCAGCUCUGGUGGUCGUGUAGCUGCCAUUGGUGGUGGUUACUGUGUCUCCAAGUUUGGUGUCGAGGCCUUCUCUGACAGCAUCAGGCGUGAGCUCUACUACUUUGGGGUGAAAGUCAGCAUCAUUGAGCCGGGGAACUAUCGGACAUCCAUUCUGGGCAAGGAGGGCAUAGAGACCCGCAUGCAGAAGCUGUGGGAGCGGCUGCCUCAGGAGACCCGGGAUAGCUAUGGAGAGGAGUACUUUUGCAUCUAUACUGAAAAGUUAAAAAACAUGAUGCAGUUGGCAGAGCCAAGGAUCAGAGAUGUCAUCAACAGCAUGGAGCAUGCUAUCGUUUCCCGGAGCCCUCGUAUCCGCUACAAUCCUGGCUUGGAUGCCAAACUCCUCUACCUCCCUUUGGCUAAGUUGCCCACCCCUGUGACAGAUUUCAUCCUGAGCCGGUACCUUCCAAGGCCAGCAGAUAGUGUCUGAGCUGGGGAAGCCCAAGGCGUGACCAGUGGAGUAUAGAGGAGGGGACUGGGAGAAGGGACUGUGAAGUCACAAGAAGUGGCAUCGAAUAUUCUGGGGCACUUUGCUUGGCUGAUAUUCACUGCUAGCGAAUUUCUGGAUAACUUCUAACAGAAGAUAAGCACUUCUUGUCACUCACUGGGACCCCACAGAAACCUGAGGUGGCCUUUGCAUUUUCAAAGACCUGCAACAUGGCCCUAAGAACAUCUGCCGCUCAGUCAGGAUGUGGCUUUUUCUGGAUCUAGACAAGUCAAAGAGAGGAAAACUAACUCCUGUUGAAUCAUGAGCCUCCCUCAGUUAUCACUGCCACUGGGAAAUAUUGUAGCAUAAUCUAUCCUAUAGGAGAAUCUCAACCACUUUCCUAUUGGGUCUCUUAAUAUUCAUUAACUUCAUUCACAUAACCCAGUAUUUGAAGUAUGUAGUAGGGCAGACAGGGAGUACAAGAUUA